AUGGACGGAAAGGAGAAGCCGAAGGGAGCGUGGAGCCCGGAGCAAGUGGUGGAGUUUUUGGAGCGGAAGAUGACGGAGGGACGAUUUUAUGUGAUCUGUCCAGAUAAUGAUGUCAGCGAGGAGAUGGAUCGAAAGAGAAUGCUGUGGACGGUGAACGAUGUCGUACAAGGCAGACCACCUUUGACGAGAUGGAGAGAGGAGUAUAAGGAGGAGGCGGAGCAUUGGAUGGAGAGCGUAAAGAUUUAG